CAGAUUUGCUCAUAAUCAGCUUCUUGGUCUGAAAUGGGUGCUAAGCUCUUUCUGUGUGCUCGCUGCUGACACCUUUUAACGUUUCUAACAGUGGCUCUCGCCCCAUGGGUAAUGGAAGAUACAUGUAGUUUAACUGUGUUCUGGCUUAAUGCUUUUAGACAAUCAAUCGCUGAACAGAGGACUGCAGGAGAACCGGAUGUGGAAGAUUCAGGGCAGGAUGCAGUGACAGGUGCCCAGGUAGACACAGGGCUGAAACGACAGCUUCAAUUUGAGGGAUGCUUUUUGAAUCCUGAGAAGUAUGAUCCAGUGAAGCCUUUAGGACGUGGUGGACAGGCUAAGGUACAUUUAGUUAAUAUUUGAGUGCACGUUUCUCGCACAACAGUGGCCUGCAACUAAACUAUUGAUCAAAGAAUUAAAUGGAACCUAGUUAAUCCAUUUGCCCCUUGAAAUUUUGCUGAAAAACACGUUCUGAAGCUAUUCGACCCGUUUUCUGGUUACUAUCUGGCUAUAAAGAGCUAAAACGUACCAAAAAGCCGUUUACAGGUCAUGCACUUCGCGGCCUUCUGAUCCAGAUGCAAAAUAUUAGCUUCCGAAGUUUGGGCAUGCGCAGACAAGGUCUACCAACCCUACUUUGUACUCGGACGUUGUAAGAGUAGUGUUAACAUACGCUACAUUUUAAUACAAAAGUUUUUAUCCGUAUUUUUCCAAGACUUUUUCACCAGGGAACAUGUUUCUGUUUUUGUCAAGCACAACUAAUUAGUGACUCUUUCUCAUUUCACAGCCUUUGCAGGCAGGUGUUUUCUUGCCUGGCUCCAUACCCCUCUCCAUCAGUGAUCAAAUUUUACCCAUUGCGCAGACUCCUGACCUGUCCUCAAAUUCACCACUCCAACUCAUUGAGCCGAGGACUAAAAUGCCCAGUGCAUGAAGAGCAUGUUGAAGUUCAAUUUGAACAUAGCUCCACCCUUCCCAUUAUUAUCCUUGUGUCAUUGACUACAAUGAUAUCCCCUUAUUCUUGUAACCAACUUUCACUCUUUGAGUGUAGACAAAAUCCUAAUAAUUCUGCCCAACCAGGGGUCAAUUUAAUAAAAAUUUUAAAAGAGUAAUUUUCAAGUGUAGCUAUUGUUUUAGGGUCUGAAAACAGUAGCCUGCGUGGCAGGCGUUAGAAGGGGAAGGGACAAGGGGGUAUUAAAGCGCGCGAGUACAGGAAGGUCGCGCGAGGGAGGGAAAAGUAAAAGAUACCCCUCUUUCCCUCUUCCUUUUGCGCUCAUCGCGUUCUCCUGUGCCUUAACUUCCUCUUUCUCUUCCUCUUCUAACGUCUGCCAUGCCGGCAAGAAACCAAUGACUACUGAGACUUCCAAAUUUUUACAUUUGGGUAAAAGCUAUAUUUAAUUGACCCCAGUUAUCUUUGCAGUUAAAAGAUAAACUCUUCUGAAACGUGAUGUUCAUUUGACAGGUUUUCCUUGUAACUGAAAAGGAAACCGGCAAGGGGAUGGCUUGUAAAAUGUAUGACCUGGCGACAACUUUCCAGGACACUGACCAGGUACAAAACUAAAACAAAUCUUGUCACUUCACUGGUAGUUUUAAAUAGUACUAGUGCUUGCUAUUGCUUUUAAUGAUUAACCAAGAUUAUCAUCCAGGAGAAAAAUAUCCUUCAGAUUUUAACUCCCGAACGUGUUGUCCUUUUAGUUUUAAAAGUAUUGCCAUUUAUUAUUUAUUUAUACCUGUUAUUCUUUUGCAUUCCUUAUUCUUAUUGUAGAAAUUCUUAUCUUGCAUUAUUUUUUACUUCUUAAUUAUUUUAAUAUCAAUGAUAGCUGUACAUAGUUUCUGCUGACUAAUGAAUGUAGAUGUAGAAAUGUGUUUGUUUUCGUUAAAACGGUGGAGCCUUGUCUGAAUCCACGUGUAUUUUGAAAUUCGUACAACAUAUUUACAAACAAAGGGGCUAAUCUUACUCUGUAACGGAAAAUAAAAUACCCUAGUACACCGUAUCGAUUGAGAAACACGAAGGAGCAGGUAGUGUAGAAAGCUAAUAACUAAAGCCUCGAAAAAGGAGACCUCAAAAACUAACACCACAAAAUGUUGUCGAAGGCCGUCUGAAUCGCGCGGAUUUCGGACAAUUACUUGGUACCUCUUCAUUGUACUAUUUGGUGAAGAAAGUAAUUGCCCGAAUUCCGCGCGAUUCAGACGGCCUUCGUCAACAUUUUGAGGUCUUAGUUUUCUAGGUCUUAGUUUUCAAACCCUUAUUUUUCUAGGUCUCAGUUUUCGAGGUCUUAGGUCUUAGCUAUCCAUACUACCGGAACAGAUAUAAGUGAGUAAACCACACGGUGUUACAUAGUUCACAUGCGGCCGAUUACUUUCAAAAAUCCAAAAAAAAGCUUAAACAAACAGACUUACAAAGCUAAUUAGAGAACACUCAAAAGCGGGAAAGCUAAUUCACCAACACGUAGCUUGUGUGGCAGGCGUUAAAAGGGGAAGGGAGAAUUUGGGCGCGCGAGGGAGAAAGGAAAGGAACUCUCCUCCCUGUUCCCUCGCGCGUGGUCUCGCGCCCUAAUUCCCUCCCCCUUCCCUUUCGAACGCCUGCCACGCGGGCUAACCAACACGGGAAUUUAGGGCCUGUUUACGUGGGGGUGGGGGACCCCAGGUCAGUAAGGUAACCCGCUUAGGUGGGGCAACCCGCCUGCCCAUAUAGUGUUUUCACAGGACGUCACGGCGGCCAUAUUGGUGUCCCAAAACUAUGAAACGGCGGCCAUGUUGGUGUCCCAAACUAGUCCGCGGGGAGUUCAACUCUUUUCUCAUGUAAAUGCUUUCUUUUGUUCCAAUAAAUUUGCAUAGAUGCUGGCCGCGUGAGUGAAAACACUCUAUAAUCUCUCAUUUUAAUUUGAUCACGUUUACAUGUUAGGUGGGGUGAGCCGCCACAUGUUACCUCACCUACCUGGGAUCCCCCACCUCCAUGUAAACAGGCCCUUAAUUCCUAUUCAUAUCACUCGUAAUGAUAUGCGAAAGUAUAACAUGUGAAAAUAAUAUAUUCGUAAAGACUCAAUGCACGCGUGCACGUACACGAAGGUAUAGUAGGGCUAUAAAAGCCGUGUUGGGACAGAACACUCCUUUAGUUUUCUCCAGCGGAGCAGUAAACAAGGAAUCGUUAAAGAGAACGACCCAUGCGAAUUUUUUUCCUCUUUCGUGGCUGAAGUGGCUUACGUGCAAUUUCCUUUUCCGUUGGGGACUGUUGGGAAUCACGGCGGGGUUCCACAGGUUAACCCGCCAGUACAGCUCCACAGCCUGCUCAAAAUAAUGGAUACGAAGCGCCGGGUGAGCUCUAAGGAAAAUAUUCGUCUUAUAGCUUCUUUUAUCUUCACCCUUCCCGGGCUUUAGUUAUUUUAUUACAUUUGCAUACCGGGUACGUUUGUACGUUAGGUUGUUUGCCUUGUUGUUCGAGUUGUAUAUUCUUGUUUAGCACCGAAUUUUCAGGUGCAGUUUUCCGCUGUUGAGUUGUUCUUCAAAAUGUGUAACAGAAAUUUAUAGGGCUCACUAUGGGGACGCCGAGGAGCACAAAUAUGGCGGUCGGCCGGAAAUAAUGCAAACAUCUGGUUUCAGUAUCGCCACAAAUUCGAUCAGUUCACUGCGAACGAGCAAAUUAUUCCCCUAAACACAUUUUCUAAUACUUUCACCAUUCAAAGGGCAUUAUAUCAUGCGUUAAAAUUGUUUUUUAACAUAUGUGACGGCCUUUCGGUCGCCAUAUUAAUGUCACGGGGAGUAAACGUGGGAAAUUAGGAAGAGCUAUAUUUUCAAAACGGAAAACGCUAUCACGUUGAAAACUUGCACAGAAGAUCAUUUUUAAGAGAUCUUUUGCUAGAUAGAGAUAAAACCUUUAAGUCCUUGCGAUUUUGUAGUUUGGAUUUUUGUGACGUCACUUGAAAACCAAGGAUUACUAGUGGAGGAUUUGCAGAGAAUACUAUACAGCGGGUGAAUUCGGGUGUCCCCCAUUUAAGUCAGCAGAAGGAUGACAGCAGAUAAAAUCCGUCUCUGAAAGUAAUGUUGCACGUGUGGAGCGGGGCGAGGCAAGUAUUGGCAAGUCAAGAGUUAUUUUCGACAUCCGAAUCAGUUCGGAGCUGGGUAAUUGUGUUUUCAGUUAUCGUUUUGGGAGAUUCUUGCGGAACUAAGCCCCUUAACAAUUUAAACGGGAGUUUUAGGAUGCAUUAGAGACAACGGAAAAUAGUCACACCUUUUUUGGGAUCCACGGUUGGGUGGUAUUUUACUAUAAUAGUUUGCCGUCUUGCUGGAAAAUUUGACCCUACGUGUACCGUGCGGCAGGCACUGUAUCAUCCGGGACUGAUGAUCAUGGUUUGCAGCUGCGAAGUCUGUCAUUUUCACUUCUUAUCUGGUUAAGCUGGGCUACUCUCUAGGUUUAUCAACAUCCAUCUCGACCUGGUAAAGAUUUUCCCAUAUUUCGUUAUUGUUUUGGCAGACUCUUCUUUUAGGUGUCUUACCUCAUUUCCUGAGACUAAAAUCUCACUGAAAUUCAUUAUGCCUGUUGGGAAGACGCUUGAAUUUACUUAUGUCUCUGUUGAGAUCUUGGCAACGUCUUGUACUGGGGAAGUGUGCUUCCUUUCUCAGGCAGAGCCUGCGGCCCAGUUAUUUGCAAGAGAAAUGAAUCCAUCCGUUUUGAAAAGUUGACGUUCUCAAAAGCCGAUUUCUUCUACGUGGUGCCGUUCGGAAGGAGAUUUCCUACUGGUAUUUUCCUGGAAACUUGGGAUAGCCUACUACCUACUACCAUAGCGGGGGGAGUGUCACAUUCACGUUUCGGUGGUCACAGAUGCUUCUGUAUUGGGAUGAGGGGCAACAAUUUUCCCCCUGAUCCGUCGGGAUGUUUUCGAUUUCUGGUCUGGGGUGGAGUUGACAUGUAAUAGAGCAACAAAGGAAGUUACGACAAAUAUCAAGAUGCGUUGGUGGUGUCGAGAUCAGGUGUGUAACGCACAAGUGGAUGCGCUGGUUGACAAUCAGGCGAUCAUUUAGUUCUGACGUAACCAAGGAGGAAGAAGUGCACCCCCUAACUCCAAUGAAGAUAUGAUUUGCGACUGUGGUAGAAUUGACUGCCUUACUGCGCCUUUCCUAUGUCCCUUCCACUGAGAGAUCCAGCUGAUAAGCCUUUCUGUCAUCGGUCGUUAUCAGGUUACCGCUUGACGGAGACUAUGUGGCAGAAAGUUCAGUGGGAGUUCGGGGGUUCUGCGAGUCAUAUGUUUGACUGGAUGACGUUAGAUUCCCAGCUGAUGAAGACUUGAUCUGGAAAUACUGGGAAACCUCUGGGUUUUCUUUGUUGAAUUUUGGCAUACUUUCUUGUACUAAUAGGUUUCUUUUGUGCCGGACAUAUUACCGCGUGGAGACAUUUACACGCGCACGAAGGUAUAGUAGGGCUAUAAAUGCUGUGUUGGGAUAGAACACUCCUUUCUUGCUUAGUUUUUUCCUGCGUAGCAGUGAACAAGGAAUCGGUCCGCCCGCCCACCCACCCAUUUUGUCUUAAACGAAAGUAUUCGCGUGGGUCGUUCAACUCUGCUACCCGAAGCCAAGCUGUUGCAGCUUGGCGUAGACCGCUGAGUAAUAUUAUUACCAUAUCUUAAUUAAACUGAGUAUGAAUGCGAGUGUUGUGGAAUAGAUUACUAUUAACUACUCAAAUUGAAAACCUACAACUGUCAAUCAGCGAACUGCAUUUCAACUUCUGGUUAAAUAUUAAACUGAAUCGAUGCCACGCAAAUGUUCUUCAUGAAAUCUAUGUAAAUGUGGCUUGUUUGUAAUUUUGCUUUUCCGUUUCCUUUUCUUCCAUAAAUUUGUUCCAUAAAUUUGUUUCCAUUCUUUUAAUGUUUUGCUUUGUUUGUAAAAGCUAAAAGAGGUUAUACUAAGGAUAGAAAGCAAAUACAGGACAGAUAGUUUGACAAUAUGGGGUGGAAGUCACCCCAUAAAAAAACAUAUAUAAACUAAAUUCGAAUUUGAGACUACAUUACGUAUUUAUAAUGACUUUUAGUUGAGAUUAAAUGAUUACAUUCCACGUUGGGCGGAGUCGUAAAAUUUGCGAAUUUGGUUCCGUCUCCUUUCUUUCCCCCUAAAUACGAAAAUGCAUGCAUUUUUAAGCGUUUUUGCCGUGCGUCCACACUAAGCCAUUCCGAAACGGAGGUUUACGAAAAUGCCCUUGAAAGUAAAAACUUUUGAAAAUGGAGGUGUAUUAUUGGACGUUUUAAAUGGUUUAGUGUGGAUGACCAAACACAAUGCCAAAACACUAGUAUGGACGCAGGGCUGUUGAUGCAAUUUUGUAGCGCCAGACAUUUGGAGAUUAAACAAUGGCUACGUUGUCAAGACACAAAUGAGGUUUAUUUAAUUUGCCGUUGGUCCGUUAAUAUUUAUUCCAAACAUGGAGAUAAAAAUGUCACAGCAAAACCUAAUUACAGUGGUAGUGCGUUCGUAACUCAGAUCAACAAAGUGGACAUUGAAGAUUUAUAGUCUUUUAUUUUUUCAACACGAUGCUACGUCCACAGUUUACACAGUGGCCAACAAAUAGAUUCUCAUCCGUCAGUGGCCAUUGUGUAGAGGUUCCACUGUAUUUUUUUCAUCUUCUUAGCUGGUAAAGACAUUGGAAACUGAAGUCAGUGCCCUGUCCUGUGUGAAACACAAGCACAUUGUGGAGUUUUUUAGAGUAGAAGAAAUUAAGAAGACUGUGCUUCUUUUUCUGGAGUAUAUGGAAGGGGUAGGAAUUUUUUUAUUGUUAAUAAAGGUACGUAAACGUACGUAUACUUACUAGAUGCAUAAUAAAUGCAAUAUUUAUCCAGGGUCAUCAUAUACAGCUAACGCAUGAUACCAAGCAAAUGGUUUUGUUCCCCUUUCUCCUCCACUUUACCUUGGGAAAUGUCGAGACUCAAAUUGCAUUUUGCGCGGGAUAGUCAUAUGAAUACAGGUGGGUUCAACAGAAACUAUUCAAACUAUUCGGUCAAAGUUAAAUCUUAUCUAAUGAAAUACAGCUGCUGUGUUAGAACUUAUUUGAUAUUUGUUUUAAAACUAAUGAAUAGCAGGAUUAGCAUUGUCACUGGCGGCCUUGUGUGACAGUUAAGUUGCAAUAGCUCUGUGGUGUUACGUGAAUAAACUUGAAUUUAAACUUCCGCAUCUUCCAUCAAUAUUAUAGACUACCUUGCAGGGAGAGAAAAUGGCAAUGUCACAAACCUUAAGUGCUUGAAAGGGAAGAAAGGCAAAUUGUUAUGUAACCUUACUGUAGCCUGGAUUUCAGACAUUACCUCGAGUCGCUUACUCCCUCAGUAACGUCUGAAUCGACCGGCCGUUAAUGCCGUCAAGUGACGUCACUGGACGACAUUACCGGCUCGUCGAUUCACACGUUACUGAGGGAGUAAGCGACUCGAAAUAAUGUCUGAAAUUCAGGCUAACCUUUCUGUCCAAACUGACCAUUUUAUGGCUCAUAAUAAGCCAGAUAUGUAGUUUUCUUGUGUUUGAGAGACUGUAAUCUUACUGUACAGACUGUACAGUUGAAGCCUAUUAUAGGCUACCAGAGCUACAGCGCUAGCAUGACCUGUCCUGGGUGGGGAGGAGGGGGGCUGUUCCCAUGUAGGUCUUUGGUGGGUGGGUUCCGCUCAGGCCUCCAAAGUUGGAUCCCAGUUUAGAAGGAUUUUGCAUUCAAUUUUUCUGGCACUUAUUUCGCUGUUGAUGCUUUAAAACUUUCGCAUGUUCGAAAAAUUACACCCCGUUCUAGAUCUGGAAUCUCCAGAUCAAGACCCCGCCCCGUAGGGAAGUACAUACCUUGUUUAGGUAUUUUUGGAGGAGCAGGCCCUAGGUAACUGUCCUUUCCUGGGAGGACGCUCUCGCUGAGUUAUUUUCUUUGUUUCGUACUCGUGAGAUACUGAAUAUUACACCUUUCCUGUUGUAGAGUCAAACUUAAAACUUACCUUCUUUUGCUCGAUCUUUUGAAUAUACUAUAUUCUCCAGGGCACUAUAAUGGACUUUGUGAAGCAAGAAGGACCUUUACAAGAGUCUGUGGUGAAACAUUUCACUUGGCAACUCCUCAGUGCAGUCGACUACCUUCAUACAAAUGAAACCAAGAAAGUUAUACACAAAGAUAUAAAAGGUUAGAUUUGCCAGGGUAUCACCCGUUUUACACUAGUCGGGAGAAUGCGGUUCAGGCAUAUUUAGAGAAAUAUUCGUUUUCAGAUAAAACUGCGGGUGUGCGUGUGGAUGGGCAGAAAAGGUUUUCGAAAACGAUGACGUCAGAGCUACUCACAUGACCCGCUAAUAACGCCCAUCCGAGAUAAGCCCGAGAACGAAAUCGCUUCGCCAAAUAUGCUUUUUCUGUGGCUUAGUGCGGACGCUCUUAUGUGGACGUGAAGCUUUUGAUUCGCAUUGUAUUUGUUAACGCGACAACAGAGGUUUUUUGUAGUGUGGACACCUUUAUUCCACUUUUUUAAUAAUAGUAAUAAUACAUCUGUCGUUGCUAAAGAAUUUGACACAAAUGAUGCCAUCGAUCGUUAAAAUGGCGUCGACCAUUUGUGAAAGGUAUAAAUAGGCAUCGGCGGGCGUUGUGUGGAGAGAAGAAGAGGGACCCGCUUUCUUGCCUUAUCCUCACCCUAUACCCGACUAGAGAGCUUUUUCACAAGCUAUAAAGAAUGGCAGUAAAGUACGCCAAAAUAUAAGUUGAACGUGAAGACGAAUCCAGUAUUUUUACGUACAGUAACCCUCUGUUGCUAUCUUUCAGCAGCCGCCGUCGCUGUCGUGGGUGCUCAAGCUCCCUUUAUUGUCUUAAGCUUCAAACCUUAAACUAGUGUUCUUUUUUUUGUCAUUUCAGGUGGAAAUAUUUUGCUGGAUGGUCCUCGGACAAAUAUAAAACUGGCAGACUUCGGAAUAAGUACGAUUAUGGAGGUAAGCGGUUUCCUAAGUUUUGCCUUUACUCGCUUUUUUAAGCGAAAAAGGACGUUUGUGCGUCCAAACUAAAGGUAGUGUAAGCUUUAAAGUGAUGUUGCUGUUUUAAUAGUACUGCGAAAACCCUAGAAUCGUGAAAUCAUUUUGAAGGAUGAGCGGGUGGGGACCAACUUGAUUUUAUUUUUCGGCGUUUUUCUCUAGCCUGUUUGACCAUGGGCUAUAGGAAACAUGGGUUUUGACUAAAUAAAGGUUACAUUUUUGUUAAUAAAGUUGAGUUACUUACAUUGAAGCAGUCUUUUGUCGUUUCUGGUCAAUUCUGCUCCAUAUAUUUCUUGUAGAAAGCUUGAAACACGCUUUGUCUUGAUCCGCAUUCAUUAAAAAGUAACUGGGUGGGAGACACUUUCAUGGUUGCUAGGAGAUUUGGGCUAUUGGCCAAUAGUAGAGCCGAAUAAACAAUAGCAAUUGUUUUUCAAAUUCGUGUUAAGCUGCUAAGAUCAAAGGAGCCUUUCCAGCCCCCGGCUAUUGCUAGAAAUGUCACAUCGGAAACCCACACGGGUGCGGACUUUCUAAAAAAAUAUUUUCAAUCAAAAUUUACCGCAUGUUUGAAGCGCGUUACCAGUAAUAAAAUUAUCAAAUGAACCAGAAAAGCAGCAAAUCUUCUAGAAAAAUAGAAGAAUGUUGGUCUUAUUUAGUAAAAGCCUGAGUAAAAGGGAUAUUUUUAAAUUUAAGUUAGAGCCGCUUCAUCGAACAUCAAGUAAAACUCGCGUUUCCGAAGGAAAUUUACACAUUCAUAACGCGCGAGAUUACUUCCAGAGUUCGUUCGAUUGGGAAAUCUGGAUUUAGAUUUUAAAAUUCGGAUUUGCAAUGGAACGCGAAAUCCGAUAACGGAUUUCAACGCUGAGAUAUAUGAUCUUGGAUUUCCUUUUUUUUCCUUUGUUUUGGGAAAUCGGAAAAAGGAUUUGAAAAACUGUUCUUAAGAACAGCGGUCUUGCACGCGCACGCAUAAUUAGCAAAAAGAAGACCACUGUUCACGAGAAUAGUUUUGCAAAUCCUUUUUUGAAUUUCCCAAUCGAACGGUAAAAAGGAAAUCCAUGAAAUCCGGAUUUGGAUUUUGAAAUCCAUAGUGAGGACGGAUUUCUCGAAAGUGAAAUCCUUUUUUGGAUUUCGCGUUCUAUGGCAAAAUUCGAAAUCCGGAUUUCCCAAUCGAACGCACCCCUAUUUAAAUUUCAAACCUUGGCGUUCACUGUUUUAAUUGUUUUCCUAACUAGGAUAAGGUAAAUCAUGAUCUGUCCAAACACGCCAAAGCAAAAUAUUGUUUACGGCUUAUAUUCAUGCUCAGCUGUUUCAAAACAUCGUCUCUCAUUCGUUCUUUUUUCUAUAAGGAAAUUAUAUGGACAUUUUACUUGUUCUUUCCUGGAUUGCAAGAACCUUCUCUUUUAGCAUCGAAGUCUGAGAAAUAUUGUCCUAGUUGCAAAAUGGGGAGCUUAAGCAACAACGACGGCAACGAGAAGGGCAGAAAACCAAUAGGUUUACUUUGGCAAAACAACAACUUUGCACGUGCAUCACGCUUUUUUGUACAUUUCCUUGCUAUCACUGCGCGACUACGACGUGAAACUUCCUAACUUCACGUUUUUUGGAGGACGUAAACACAAGGCAACGAUUUAAUUUUUCUUUUUGUGAACUUAGAUACAGUCCUUUAGAAUUCAACUCCUGAAAAAAUGACAAAUGAAGAGAGUUGGAAUAAGAGCGAUGUAGUUUGAAAAAGCGCGAAUUCACUUUUAGGGUGACGUUUUCUUUUCCAUUGCCGUUGCUUCAGCUUCUCAAUAUUUACGCGGGAAUCAAAUCAGACUCUACCGUGUACGAUGUGACUUUGGCGCAUAACUGGUGUCACGCAGAAUGUAAUACGUAGGACCCCCAGGAGCGGGCACCCUUCUUACCAGUUCAACGUUUGGUUCCUACCCAGGGUUUUUUUUGGAGAAGACACCACGCGCUUAGCGCCUGUGCCCCAGGAUUCAAAGAGAGCGCUCGGUUAUCAAGACUUAAUGAAUGCGGAUCAACUUCUGAAUAAAAAAAAGCAUGUUUCAAGCUUUCUACAAGAAAUAUACCGGCAGAAUUGACCAGAAACGAGAAAAUACUACUUCAAUGUAACUAAUUCAACUUUAUUAAACAAAAAUUUAACCUUUAUUUAGUCAAAACCCAUGUGUCCUGUAGCCCACGGUUUGACUCAAUCUUGCCCAUUUGGUUUGAAAGAUGUCUUCUCCCGGCGUUGCGGACGGUUACGGGCGGUGCAGUUGUAAGUGGGUUAAUAUUCGAUGGAAAACUGCUCUGCAAAGCUUUGAGGGUUCAUGUAAUGAUAGAUAUCAUGUCUUUCAUUUCUUCAGGAACUGAGAACUGCGACUGGUGGCUUUGACACGGCAAAUAAUAUAGCUUCCUUCUACUGGACAAGUCCUGAGCUACUCGGUGAAAAAGAGUUUGGACGAAACACGGAUAUAUGGUAUUAUUUCUCUAGGAAUAUUGUCGAACCUCUUCUUCUCCGCAACCAUCACUUUUUUGUCGCGUGUGGACAGUCCAUAAAUUCACCCUUGACUUGUUUUAUUUUAUUUUGUUCUCAAUUUUGUUCUGAAUAUUUCGUUUCUUUUUUAUUGAUGUAAUUUGAUUCUUUCACGUACUUACAUGUUAUAAUAGGCACUAACCCUUCAGACUAACUCUAUUGAAAUGUAAUUAUAAAUCUGUUACAAGCGAUUGUAGCUCCAGCAAAUAUCUAACUGUCGUAACCGUUCAUUAGUUGGAUGCCUAAAAUGUGUGCAAUUCCACAAUUAAAUGGUUUCGUCUCCAUUAAAUCGGUUAAUGCUGAACCAAUUGCAGAGCAGUUUAGGAGGAGCCACCAACUACCUGAGCAUAGUUACUGAUGGGACAUAUUACUAAGGAAAACAACGCAAAAUAAAUGUAAUCCGUUUUAUAACGCGCGCUAAGGCGUUUUUGCAUGAGAGCAGGGCGGAUAAAGGUUGGACGAUGAAACAAGCGCUCCGCUCUUCACCGCCCUGCAGUAUGUAAACACAGUUGGAAAGAUGUUAUGCUGUACUCGUGCUAAUCACGCAAGCGCGAAUUUGAAAGCCUUAAGAAGUGACGCAGAUUUGGAGCCUUGUUGUUCAAAUUGCUACGAAAGACGACGUAGUCUAUGUGGGAAAUCCAACUUUGAUGUACAAAUUCUUGCGUAUCUUGCCAACUGCGAGAUGACGUUAUGGUUUCCGCGACUUCCAGUUCCCAUGUGUAAACAUUACCGGUGCACUGUCCAAAUUGAUUGUUGUUAACGCCGAAUAAGUCGUCGAUUUUUUCCAAGACAAAUUUGAAAAUAAUGAAACUAUCCGUAAAAGACUGGCUGACUCACUACUUGUGAAACAAAUGUUGCGCAACUUUUUAAGUCUGUAAAGGCUCGGAGUACAUGCCCUUUUUCAGGAUUAUCGGAUUGCUGAGUGGCCGCGUAAAAUUUUCAUCGGCGGAUCAAAAUGUGGUCACCAACCAGUUGCGAUAGAUGUACUGUCUUAAAUUGCUUCAGUCCAAGGUGUUGCCCCCCCCCCCCCGGCCUCCCGUCUACAAAUCAGUAAGUGGCAGUAGCCAAGUGUGGUGUCUCAGUUUUCGUAAAUUCUUGUUUUGCUUUUAGGAGUGUUGGUUGUACAGUGAUAGAGAUGCUAACAACAAAACCUCCCUUAUUUUUUGAGAAAUUGACAAUUGAGCAAAAGAGGUUCCGGAUUAUACAGUGUGUUAUUGAUCUGCCUACGAACUGUUCCCCAGAGGCUUGUGGAUUCCUAAAGCGAUGCCUUCGGUAAGCUUGCAUGGUUCUCUCGUAAAUAAUGAGAUUCUUAUACCUGUGAUAUCUCAGUGGCCGAUCAGAACAAAGCAAAUAACGCUGGUGAUAUUGAUUGUCCUUUAUUGCAAUCUGUGUCUCACGUAGGUGCGUCUCAGUAGAUUUUCAGACGUGUUCCUGAGGCACGUAGGAAUUUUUGGUUGAGAGUAUAGGUUUGUUUUUGUAGCUACAGUUUUAAGCUGUAGAUUUUAUAAUACGUUUUAUCUAAGUUAUUUUUCAAUAUACCCUACAGUAAAAAUGUUUUUCUGGAAAAUUACAAUUGUCAAAGGUCAAGUCAAAAUUUCUAUUCGACAUGUGAAUCGGGAAAAGCUUCUAUGAGCAUUUUGUUGUUACGGGACAGUGGAAUACCGAUCAUUCUGAUUGGCUGUUUUUUUCUAUGAUGUGGUAUAUGGUAUGCAAAUUAACUGCGGAUGCAGGCGUUUCUGUACACAUAAUCACCUGGUAUCCCAAUGCUUAUUUAAAGAGCAUGUUUUGUUGGAACCCAUACAGUUAUGUGUAUCGUGAGUAGAUAUUGGGCGUCAGCCUUUUGUAAGGAAAAACCUUGACAUUCUGGUGGGAAAGCAAAUGGAAUUGCUUAUUCCAACGGGAGUUUUGCGGGGAAAAAGAGUGCCAUUUGCCGCAAAAUGGAAUAAUAUCAUUUUCCUGGACACCAUGCACAAACUUUUAAGCGGAACAAUGCGUUUGCAUAUGUCUUACAUUUUUGUACAUUUCUCUGCCGCCCUUUUCAAACAAUAAAGUGAAAGGGUAAAUUCAAGGUUUCACAGAGAACGUGAUGCCACAGUGGUUAUUAAAGUUUCCUUUUUCUAUGUAAACUUAAAACCCGUUCAUAUGAACUCACACCGUGCAAAUGUCAGUCACAUUAGGAAAACUACACAUUAAUGCAGAUCAUAGGUAAAGAUCACAGUUCCUCCAGAUAUCAGACUUCACAAAGGACUUGUGCAACUACUAACGUCUUGCUGUGUUAUCUCCUGUUAUUAAGACCCAGAUCAGAGCGACCAUCUGCUGCUGAACUCUUGACAGAUCCUUUUGUGGUCGAUCAACAACAGUAAUGCCGACGUGAUCAAGAUGUCUGGUCAGUGCUGUGCACUUGAAAGACAGAGUCACACUUAAGGCCGGUUUGCAUAGGACAUGCUAUUAACGAUUUGUGUAUAGAUAUAAUGAUCCCUUCUCUUUCGGGGUAUUUUUUUAAUUAGUUUCCGAAUGGAAGUAAAUCCAGAUUCGAUAAAGCAAAGACUAUCGCUGUUUUUACAGAAUCGUGUUUUUAAAGACAAUAAUUUGUACAUUUGCAAGGAAAAGUAUUGUGUGCUGGUCACCUAACACCCAGCUAGGAAUUUUUUGUUUCAUAAUCACUGUGAGUAAAUUCGAUUCUCUUUUCUUAUUUUAUCAGUUCGGACCAUAAAAAUGGUGGUCAAGUGUGAAUUUGUAAACCCACCAAAAUUGUUUGAUCCCGUUUUUCAUUGCACAGUUUUUGAAACCAACAAACUUGUUUUUCUUGCAACUUGUCAGUAUUAAUUUUGGCUGAAAGCUAAGAAUAGGUAUAUUUAAAGUCGUCAGACAUUAAAUUGCGUCGAAUAAGAAUAUAGUAAAUAGAAAAGUAUUCGCAUGAUAUUCGGGGUAUUUUUUAAAUUAGUUUCCGAAUGGAAGUAAAUCCAGAUUCGAUAAAGCAAAGACUAUCGCUGUUUAUACAGAAUCGUGUAUUUAAAGACAAUAAUUUGUACAUUUGUAAGAAAAAGUAUUGUGUGCUGGUCACCUAACACCCAGCUAGGAAUUUUUUGUUUCAUAAUCACUGUGAGUAAAGUCGAUUCUCUUUUCUUAUUUUAUCAUUUCGGACCAUAAAAAUGGUGGUCAAGUGUGAAUUUGUAAACCCACCAGAAUUGUUUGAUCACUGUUUUUCAUUGCACAGUUUUUGAAACCAACAAACUUGUUUUUUCUUGCAUCUUGUCAGUAUUUAUUGCUUCAGGCAGGAAGCGAAGAAUAGGUAUAUUUAAAGUCGUCAGACAUUAAAUUGCGUCGAAUAAGAAAUAUAGUGAAUAGAAAAGUAUUCGCAUGAUAUUUGCUUUUUUAAUAAAACCCGUCUUCGAC